GGUAGGUAGUUGGAAUGAAUUAAUCGAAUGUUCGGAAUUGAUUUCUUUCUCACUCGUUUUCUCGACUAAACAUUAACAUUCGUUACUUUGAAUUGAUACUUCUCCUUUUCCUUUGUAGCUGACAUCGCAAACGACACCACGAAGCAUUCAUCGAAACCUUCGGAGCCGAGUUCGAUUCCAGAAGUUGGCAGCCAUCCAUACAAAUAAUAAUUCCUCUUCGGUCACAACACAGCAUGGCUCGAAAGCCGCACUUUACUCUUGCGGGGAUAGCUGCGGCAGCUUUUCUAUGCAUAUUCUUCGUACUCACAUUUCGCAAUCAAAAUCAUGGAACGAGAGCGGUAGAUUAUGGCACGGAGAGCGAUUAUAACGCUGAAUUCCCUUUGGAUAAAACGCCAAUUCUCGUCGAUGACAAUCUUCUCCAUGGAGCAGCCACUGCCCCUAAGCUGGAAAAUGCUACUUUAAAAGCGGAACUCGGCCACGCAGCCUGGAAAGUACUCCACACGAUGAUGGCCAAAUUCCCCGACAAACCUACAGAAGAAGAUAGCUCGGCUCUAAAAUCCUACAUCCAUUUAUUUGCGCGCCUGUAUCCAUGUGGCGACUGUGCGCGGCAUUUCCAAGGGCUAUUGAAGAAAUAUCCACCUCAGGUGGCAACGAGGAGUACGGCAGCGGCGUGGGCAUGUCAUGUUCAUAACGAAGUCAACAAGCGGUUGAAGAAGGAGAUAUUCGAUUGUAGUAAGAUUGGAGACUUUUACGAUUGUGGAUGUGCCGAGGAUGGUGAGCCGGGGAAAGCUGGGGAGGCAAAGACAGAGGUUAAGAAGGGGGAGGGAGAGGGCUUUACACCGUUAGAGUUGGACAAGGAAGGUUUGACUCGGGGAGGUUAAAGCAUUUGGAAUUGAGUAUCAGUUCAGGAAAGAAAUUGGUCGCCUGGCACAAAGCAGAACAUUUGAUUUCAAUUCGCAAGAACAAGAGAGAGCCUGCCUUAGGUCUCUCGGGUCUAGUUAUGUUCUAAGACUAUGUACAUUUAGGAAUUGAGGUCGGGAACUUAUCGAAAUAUGGCGUUGAGUAGAUUUCGGAGUAUUGGGGUAUUGCUACUUGGAUUGGAAUAGGCAGGGAACGUCUCAAUAUAUUACGCCCGGUAUCCAUUUUGUAUAAAUUGUAAAUAGCAUUUAUUAUUUCGUUCGUAAAUGUUUAUUUCUUGAACCUCAAAAUUUCACUGCUAGGCACGUAUAUCAUAGGCACACGCUAGCUCCCAGCUUACAAGGCCCAAGAAACCUCACCGGGAGCCAUGAGAAACGGGAAUAACCGCCCAAGCUAAAAUCAUUAUCACCA